AGAAAUGCUAAAUAGGCCAGCACGCUUGUGUUGACACGCUCGACGGCGUGUGCGCGCUUAAUGAAACGGCUAGAAUCAGUCAAAACCAGGUGUGUUUGAGUAGGUCAAUCACUUACACCUGUGGGGGUAUUUUCAGCGGUUGCAGGACCGAGUCACUCCUUCCCAGACCUGGAUGUUCGAGCCCAAGGAUGGCCCGCAACCUGCAAAGAACCUCUUCCUGGUGGAUUAUCGUCCUUCUCUCAGUUUCUACGCUCGCAGAGAGCCGGUUAACGCACGGCCGAGGCUCCGGCGCUGCGAACGCCCACGCCCCGACCAGGACCCACGGUGACAUCCAGCCCAAAGGGUCCGCGGUCAGACAGCAGCAGGGCGCCGAGCUCGGAGCGCCGCCUCGGCCUCGGCCUCGGCCUGUCGUGGUCCGGUGCCACCCAGACUCGGUGGAGGUCGUGGUGCAGGCGGACAUGUUUGAUACAGGCCUCCAGGUGGACGGCAGACAUCUUCGCCUGGGCUCGGAUCCAGUAGCCGAGGAGAGUUCGUGCGGAUCAGUCCCGUCGGGGGAGGCGGAAUUCACCCUCCGGGCCCACCUGAUGGACUGUGGCACUACACUCUCAUCGACAGGGGAGAAGAUCAUCUAUUCCAAUGUUCUGGUCUACUCACCUGAAGCUUCAUCUGAUGGCUUGCUUAGAUUGGAUGGAGCAACCAUUCCUGUUGAAUGCCAUUAUGAAAAGGAGUAUGCGGUGGAUAGCAUUUCUCUGCAUCCCACCUGGGUUCCUUUUGUCUCCAGGACCUCAGCUGAGGACCAAAUAGAUUUCAGUCUGCGACUCAUGACUGAUGACUGGCAGUUUGAGAAGGGAUCUUAUUCGUAUUACCUGGGUGACCCCAUUCAUUUUGAAGUCUCCACCAUCAUUGCUAACCACAUGCCCCUGCGAGUCUAUGUUGACCACUGUGUUGCCACAGCAACUCCUGAUGCAGAGGGUACCUUAAGAUAUGACUUUAUUGAGCAUAAUGGAUGUCUUGCUGAUGCUUACCUGACGAACUCCAGCUCCCAUUUCCUACCGAGAGAUGAGGAGCACAAGCUGAGAUUUCAGCUGGAUGCUUUCAGGUUUUACCAGGAGCCCAGCAACCAGGUCUACAUAACCUGCUAUGUGAAGGCUGUUCUCAUCACGUCAAGUGUCAGCUCACAAAACAGGGCCUGCUCUUUAAUUGAGAACAGAUGGCAGUCAGUUGAUGGGAAUGACCGGACAUGUAGAAGCUGCAAUAUCUCCCAUCGUGUUGAGGAGCCUCCAUCCACAAAACCCCCGCCAACUACCAUCGGCACCAAAGCCACGGUUUCACAGGAGAGUUUGGUCCAGAACAGACCCGAACAAAAUCCAGCCAAUUAUAUCCGUAUCCGUCCAGGAAUGCACCAGAGCCAACACAACCAACCACCUCAUUCCUCUACUAGAUUAAUGAAGAGAGAAACGGACGACAAAGCAAGGAAGACUAUGCAGCUGGGGCCCCUUAAUGUUCUCCCAUCCAGCAAAUUUCUAACAAGACCAUCAGAUUCCAAAAUGGUGCUUUCAUCAAAGAACAAGACCACCUGAGACUAAGGAUAGGACACUGGAGACUGUUGAUUUAAAAAAACAAAAACAAAACAAUGAUUUCACUGUUGCCAUGAACAGGGAAAACAUUUUUGACACAAAUGCCAAACCCUGCGAAUCCAGAGAUUAAUCUCGUCAUUCGACUGUCUUAUCACUUUAAAUAAAGUUUUUUUUCCUGUGAACUUUACUGUCAGCCAUUUUCAGAGGAACAGUACUUACAUUUUCCAUGUUCCUUAAAAUGUGUUUUUGUUACAGUUCUUGUCUUUUCUAUACAAAUUUCAAACCAUUAACUUGGCGCUUCUUGUUGCAUCUACCUUAUGCAAGAACACACGGACAUCACAAUAUUCUCCAUUAUUUCGAUAUCUGAUCUUUACAAAAUCCAACAUCCUGUAGUUCUUGGCCAAGAAUUUGAUAUGGAUUUAGCAAACAAUUUAAUUAGUAUUGGAUUUUAAGCACUCAGACUCAUUAGGCUCAAGCAACAGAAGUGGAUGUGUGUGUUUGUGUAUUUUAACACAGUGCACAACACACAAUGCAUCCAUUUUUGACAUCCCCCUGGAAAGAUACAUCAAACAUAAUGUUGACUAUUUUGAACCAAGGAGAAAAGCAGACAUGCUAUUAGGGAGCACUUCCCUCCAUUACAACCCACAAGCUACUCAUCGUGUAGUCACAUAAUUGAUUAAUCAUUGUGAGGGUACAUAAUGGGAUAUAAAAUGUUUGCUUCGCCUGCCACAUCCAGUAAAAUGAUUUGUCAUGGUUCACUA